CAGUCGCACAUAGUCCAGAUCCUCUGAGAUAAUUCAAGUCCAUUCUUAAUCUUCAUAGGUUAUAGGUCCAAACCCCGAUUAAGAACGGAACUGUUGUAAUAACCACGAACAGGUACGAACCUGGCCGGAUACGGAAAUUCUAUAAGUCUCAAUAAAAAAAUGGGAAGGUGUUGUGCUGUUCAUGGUUGCCUCAGUGGCCGAAAGGCAAGUGGAAAUGUAGGGAAAGUGGGUUUAUUCAAAGUGCCGAAAGAUGAUGAAAUGCGUAAGAAAUGGAACUUUGCUGUUAAUCAAGAUUUAAAAACUACUAGUUACGUAUGCGAAUUACAUUUUAAUCCUGAAGAUGUGAUUAAAAGUAAUCAGGAGAUUUUAGCGGAUGGUAGUAUAUACGUGUAUGAAUAUGAGAAAGUUCAUCUACGAAAAAAAACUGUACCAAAGUGUAAUAGAGCUAAUAACGAUAAAGAAAAUAAUGAGAGCUUGCUAUCAGAUGAUGUUUCUCUAAAUACUUCUGAUAUAAUUAUCGAGGAUGUAGUUAGUGACUGUAGCUUACAUGCUAUUGAGACAAGUAUUGUUAAUGAACCCCUAAACGAAGUAAUUGGGCCUGAGACAACGAAUGAGCCUGAGACAAUCAAUGAGCCUGAGAAGUUUUCUUUUCAUUUCAUAAAGAAAACUCUGGAAGCUCAACCACUACGCAAAAAUUGGAGUUGGACAAUAAUUAAAAAUGCGAAUAUUUCUUUAUCAUAUAUAAAUUCGAAAUUGGAACUAGUUUGUCAUGCAAAAAUUGAUAUAAACUUAAAAGUUACAAUUACCAAUGCAAAAACAAAUAUUCCGAUUGAUAUGGGUGUGAAUAUUUGUUCAAUGGAUUGUGUUUCACAAUUAAUGAGCGGUUUGGAAAGAACCUUUUUUUGUAGUGGAUCUGGCUAUGAUGAGAAAAAGUAAAUAUAAACACAGACACAUUAAUUAAUCAAUAAUAAAUAAUACAAUCACUCUCUGAGUGAUAACAUUACGUUCGGACUCCUUAUAUCUAUACUUCGUGGUAUUAAUUAAUACUAGUAAACGAUUUAUAAAAUCAGUGUAGUAUUUAUUACGGAGUAAAUUGUCGUAACACACAACAAUCCCGACUUCUGUAAUCUAAUAGAAUUGGCAACACUGCGUUGAAUAUGGCAACAUGACCGCAUCCCGAAAUCGUGCCUAGUUAUGUUUCUUAUUUAUAACAUUGGGUUGGUACUACUUAGGUUUUCCAUGAAU